AUGGUGGUAAAUGCGUAUAUGCACCUCCUGGGGAGUUCUCCUGGCAGCUGCCCUAUGGCUCGACAUCUUCCAAGGUUACCACUUCACCUCGACAAUCAUCCCCUUGCACACGAGCCAUCGCAUAUUUUUCUGCCUUCAGACGUAUCAACAUUUUUCUCUGUACAAAUCCUCUAUCUGGUUGACAUGUCGGAGAAGAGAAAAAGUAAAAGCCUCGAGGAAGUGGAACGCGAGCUCGCAUAUUUUGGCCUGACUCGACGAACUGCCGCUGCCAUUGUCCGACUAGCGAAUAACCUCAAGCAAACUAGAAAGCUGCGCGCCGCACAUAUCGAACUCUUGACGCCAGGCAGACGGCUACAUCCUCCCUCGCCGCUGGGCCAGAUCGUUUGGAACCAGAGCGAGAUCGAGAUUGUUGGCAAGAUCGAGAGCUCUAAUCGACACGACAACCAGCCAGAGCCUGCCUCUUGCAAUGAGACUUUCUCUUCAGAAGCUACUACAGUUUGCCUCCCCCUUGAAUCAGAAUCCUGCGCUGCCCGUGAUACAACCCAACCAUCCCCCUUUCUAGAAUUCAGUUGGCUAGCACCUCUAACCUCUCCGGUAAAGGACAUGAAUGCUCUCGGCGAUCUUGUUCUAUCGAGGAUAGAGUCGGUCACACUGACCGACAUUGCGCCCAUUGUCGAUAGCCUUUCGAUCUCGCAAGACCCUCCCCCUCCUCCGUCGGAUCCCUCGACAGAUGUUCCUCCUGCAGAAGCUGAAGAAGACGAUGACGGCGACAAUACAGACGAUUCGAGAUGGUGGUGA